AUGGCCGAAGCCUCGAACAAGUCCUUCCUGAUCGUCGGCGCCGGCGUCUUUGGCGCCUCCACGGCGUUGCACCUCAUCAGAACGCACCCGAACGCCAGUGUGACCCUCGUCGACCGCAACGCCUACGACGCGCCCAUCCGCGUGGCCGCCUCGUGGGACUGGAACAAGGUCGUGCGCGCCGACUACCUUGACAUCGAGUACAUGCGGCUUACGCUCGAAGCCAAAAAGCACUGGUCUGAGGACCCCCUCUGGAAGCCCUUUUACCACGAGAGCGGCGUCUACUGGGUAUCGCCCAGCAACUUUGCCGAGCGGAUGCAGGAGAACUACAAGCAGCUCGGUGUCGACUCGGGUCUCUUCUCCCUGUCUGUGGACGAGGCUAAGAAGCAGUACGGCGGCAUCUUCGCGGACGCCGACUUCACCGGCGUCAAGGAGGUGUUUGUGAACAAGAACAGCGGGUGGGGCGAGGCCAAGGAGGCGCUGCAGAGGACGAUUGAGGAGGCCGUCAGGCUGGGCGUCAAGUACGUCGAGGCGGAGAUUUCAAGACUCGAGUUCGAUGCCGGCGGUGCUGCAACAGGCGUGCAGACAGUCGAGGGCGAGUCCAUCAACGCGGCGCACGUCAUCUUGUCCACGGGCGCUUACACGGCCAAGUUGCUGGCCGACAGCGCCCCUGAGCGGACUGAGCUCCAUGCUGGGGACCGAUUUGUUGCCGCCGCCGUGACCGAGGGCUUCACGCCUGUCACCGGAGAAAAUGCCAAAGAUCUCUACGACGGGCCGGUUGGUAUCUCAACUGUACCUCCGUCGAGAGGUGCGAGCAACGGAAGCGUCCCCCAUUCGAAAGACAAGACCCUCAAGUUCUGGGGCCAGAUCAUCUUCAGGAACACGCAGUCCCAUCCCAACGGCAGCCGGUUCUCAGCCCCACCGCCGGCCUCGGACUACGCGCAGCUCGAUGUGCCCAAGACGCUGAGAGACGAUGUGGAUUUUGCCGGCAAGAGUCUCUUCGGCAAGAGUAGUGCCGAUUUCAAGAACGAGAACUACCGUAUCUGCUGGGAGGCCGUGACGCCGGACGAAGACUUCAUCAUCUCCCCGCACUCUGCGAGCAAGAAUCUGUACGUUGCCACCUGCGGAUCCUUCCACGGCUGGAAGUUUCUGCCCAUCCUGGGCAAGUAUGUGGUGCAGAUGCUCGAGGGGUCUCUGGAGGAGAAGCUGGCCAAGAAGUGGUCGUGGGAUCGAUCGUUCCCUACUCCAACUCACAGAGCGUGGCCUAGGAGAGAGCUUAGUGAUUUACAAUAG